UACUUUCCUCAUUUGCGAAGUUUCGCUGCGAGUACUUGGUUGGUCGAAAUAAAAGUAGCAGUUGAUCCUCAUUGUUUUCGAAGAUCAUCUAUUUGCAUAAUUGUUCUGGGUACGUUUCCAAGCAAAUUGGAGAGAAGAAGAUUGAAGAUGACCAUCAACCAAUUCAGCAGCGGUUUGGAAUCGGCGAACUUUGUGUUGACCUCUGAUCCAGUUCACCAGGCUUGGAGUGCAAUCGAGAAACAAAAACAGAUCAAUCCAAAUGCAGAGCUGUCUCUGUUCAGUGAAAUCCAACCAGAAAAUCCUACCAUCAUAGCUUUUGGAACUCCACCCGGCUCUCUUCAAGGACAAGAAGGCUUGGUUUCAUUGUCAAAACUCAAACAAGACAACUUUGCUCACUUUGAGUUCUUGUGCAACAAAACCAACCCAAGUUUCUCCCUCAAUCAAGCAGCAAUCAAACUCUUUCAGUCACAAUACCGUGAGCUACUUCAACUGAAAGAAAAGUUGGUAGAGAAUAGCAAAAGCAAAACCCCUUCAUUAGUAAUCAUCACUGGACAAUCUGUUGGAGGUAGUGUGGCUACACUCUUCACUCUGUGGCUGCUACAAGGCCUCAACUUGUCAAAAGCCAAACGGCCCCUUUGCGUUACUUUUGGUUCUCCCCUUGUUGGAGAUAAACACCUCCAAGAAUGUGUGUUACAAUUCUCAACAUGGAAGUCUUGCUUCUUGCAUAUUGUCUCUAACCAAGAUCCUACACCUCAACUUUUUAUAUCACGAAAUCCGGGUUAUUAUAAGCCAUUUGGGACAUUCCUAUUAUGCUCAGCUUCCGGUUGUGCUUGCUUUGAGGACCCAGAUAUCAUUUUGGAACAGUUGGUGAAAACAAACUCUCAAAAUCAACAGUGCCAUUAUGGAAAAAUUUUGGGAGAUCUCAAGUGCAAGGCGUUGUGUAGUGUUCUCAAGUCUACUGAAGCAGAAAGAGAUUCACUUCAAGCAAGCCUUAUCACACAACUUCAAGCAAUUGGAAUUCUCUCGCAGAAACAGCCAAGUACAGAGAUCCAGAGUCUGAUUCUGAGGAUGAAGAAACAUGAAACGAAGUUACUAAUUCAGAAGAAGAAGAUUUCGGAUUCGGACAAGAAGUUGAAUGAAAUGAAAGUUUACAUGGCCUUUUUGGAGUGGUACAAGAAAGACUCCAAAAAACACAAAAUAGGAUACUAUGACAGGUACAGAAACCAAGGGAACAUAAGUGACGUCAAUGUUAAUGAGUAUAAGAAAAAGCUGAUGAACUACUGGGAGGAUUCUGUCGCAGAAGUAGAGAACAAGCCUCAGAUAGAAGGAGCUUAUUUUCGGGUUCGUUGGCUUUGGGCAGGCACAAACUACAGAAGGAUGGUUGAGCCACUUAACAUUGCAGACUACUACAGGGAUGGUGGAAAGAACUAUAAAUCUGAUGGGAAAAGGCCUAAACAGUUCAUUCUGUUGGAGGACUGGUUGACGAAGGUAGUCAAACCUGAAGCUACCCCAAGCAAAUCAAAAAAAGAGACAGUGGGGUCUAGUUUGAAUGAGGAUUCUUGUUUCUGGGCACAUGUUGAAGAAGCUCGCAGCUUAUGCAAACUAGUGAAGAACGGAUCAGUUGAAGAGAAAGAACGUGCAGUGCAAGAAUUGAAAAACUUCGAGGCGGAUGUGUAUGGUUCCCUUAAGAACUAUGCAUUGUCUCCGGAGAUUUUCUUGGAGAAGAGCAGUUUUAUGCAGUGGUGGAAGGAGUACAAGGGAGUUGUUGAGCAGCCCUACUCCUCAUUGCUGCUGGAAUUCAUGAAGGAUCGCAAUUACGAGGCGUAUAAGGAAGGGAAGUUCUGAAUUAUGCUCCAAAGUAUGAGGUGUGUGCCAAUAAAACAUGAAAAUAUGUAUCUUGUGUGGUGCUUUUUCUCUGUUGUAAAGCUUUCUGUAUUUUUUUAGACGAUUAAUGCUUUCUGUAUUUGGUGUUUCUUCUAGUUUGCUUUGUUUAUGCAUAAAUAAAGUUUAAUUCUUGCAAAUAA